AUGUCUCAAACAUUAUUUUUAAAAUAUGAGAAUGACUUUCAAAAGUUACUCGGUGAAUUUAACACUAACCUUCAGCAAUAUCCUUAUACCUAAUCUAAGAAUGAAACUUUGUAGACAUUAAAAUCCACACUCCAAAAAGCAGAAAAAUAAGUACGCAUGGAUAUAUCUAUGAUUUUAAGUUUUAAUGUAUGCAAAUUGAAUUGAAAGCAUCAUCAACUCUGGAAGCUGAAUUAAAACCAAAAUUAAAAUAGCAUGGAUAGAAUUUAUAAACAGCCAAAGACAAUUUGACAUCCAUUGAAAAAUCAAAAUCCUUUGAAUAGUCUCAGCCAAAUGUUAAUUUUGACAAUAAAAGGAGAUUAGAAAAUAAUACAAAUAAAAUAGAAUCGCAAACCAAUCAAUUAGAGAAUUGCCAUAAAGAAUUAUUCCAUACUGUUGACUUGCAAUAAACCAUAAUGACUGACCUCGACACUUAAAAGAAGUAACUGUUGGAAACCAUCGAUAAUGUAUUAUAAUUAGUUGAUUUAUUAAGACAAAUGACAUUAGAAAAAUCGUCUAGUAGACUGGGAGAGAUGUGAGAGUUAUGUAAAACAGAGAGCUCUUUAGUAAAGCUUUGAAAUUGGGAUUGAUUGGAGUGUUGACACUAGGGAAUAUAAUGUUGAUAUACUAUAAAAUAUGA